GCCAACAGCCUGCAAUGGUCCUGUGCCUCAGUUUCCCCAUCGCUAGUGGGGGGGGGGGGGCUUUGCCCACGCUGGCAGUUCUUGGUACACGGGGGGACCCCCACAGUCAGUUCCCGGUGAGUGGCAACCUGUGGCUGCCAGCACGGUGCCGGUGGGCCGGUGGGCACAAGGCCAGCCCACCCGAGCUCGCCCACCGCCGCAUCCCUGCGCGCUCCGGCUCACUUGCUCUCGCCCGCUGCUCCGGCGCAGGUGGGGAGCGAAGCAGCAAGAAAAACAACCGAGAAGAGGAAAAAGGAAGAAGCGACAACGAGAAGCAGCGGAGGAGGAGGAGGAGGCCGGUGCUGGCAGCCCCACCGGCGGCGGGGGGAGCUCAGGGCACCCCGGGGGCACCCGUUGUGGCCCCCCAUGGACUCCUAGGUGCCCGUCCGAAGUUCGCCAGCAUGGCCAAAACCACCUUACUGCACUGCCGGGUGGUGGAGGGGAAGGACCUGCCUGCCAAGGACGUGUCCGGCUCCAGCGACCCCUACUGCGUGGUCAAGGUGGACAACGAGGUGGUAGCCAGGACGGCCACGGUGUGGAAGAACCUGAACCCUUUUUGGGGCGAGGAAUACACCCUGCACCUGCCCCGUGGCUUCCACAGCCUCACUGUCUACGUGCUGGAUGAAGACACCAUUGGGCAGGAUGAUGUUAUCGGCAAGGUCUCGCUCAGCCGCCAGCAGAUCUCAGCUGAGCCGCGGGGCAUUGACAGCUGGCUCAGCCUGGUGCCCGUGGACCCUGACGAGGAGGUGCAGGGUGAGAUCCACCUGGAGCUGCAGGUCCCUGAGCAGGGCCACCCACGGGUGCUGCGCUGCCACCUCAUUGAGGCCAGGGACCUGGCCCCCCGGGACCUCUCGGGCACCUCGGACCCCUUUGCCCGCGUGUCGUGCUGUGGGCAUACAUUGGAGACAGCCGUGAUUAAGAAAACCCGUUUCCCACACUGGGACGAGGUACUCGAGUUCGAGCUGGCAGAGGGUGAGCCAGGGGAAGCUGUGCUGAGCGUGGAGGUGUGGGACUGGGACAUCGUGGGCAAGAAUGACUUCUUGGGACAGGUCGAGUUCCCCUUGGACACCAUCUGCACAGGCCCCACCAAAGGCUGGUUCCAGCUCCUGCCCUUCCCCAGCACCACUGAGGACCACAGGCAGCAGCUGGGCACCCUACGGCUGGCGGUGCGGCUGGUGGAGGACAGGGUCCUGCCCCCCCACUACUACCAGCCCCUCAUCCAACUCCUCACUGAGCCCAUCCUCUGCCCUGGCCAGCACCCUGCCAGCACAGCCCUGACCAUCCUGGAGGAGGUGACCUCAGGGGAGAGCCGCCAGGAUGUGGCUACCAAGCUGGUGAAGAUCUUCUUGGGGCAGGGGCUGGCUGUGCCCCUCCUGGACUAUCUCACCACCCGUGAGCUGGCCAGGACUACGGACCCCAACACCCUCUUCCGCUCCAACUCACUGGCCUCCAAGUCCAUGGAGCAGUUCAUGAAGGUGGUGGGGCUGCCCUACCUGCACGAGGUCCUGAAGCCUGUGGUGAACCGUAUCUUUGAGGAGAAGAAGUAUGUGGAGCUGGACCCUGGCAAGAUGGACCUGAGCCGCAGCAGGAGGAUCUCACUCAAGGGGUCCCUUUCGGAGGUGCAGGUGCGAGAGAGCAGCCUGGAGCUGCUGAAGGGCUACCUGGGGGACAUCGUUGAUGCCAUUGUGGGCUCGGUGGAGAAAUGUCCCCUCCUCAUGAGGGUGGCCUUCAAGCAGCUCCGCAGGCGCGUGGAGGAGCGGUUCCCCUUGGCACAGCAUGAGGAGGUGCAGUACUUCUCCAUCAGUGGGUUUCUCUUCCUCCGCUUCUUUGCUCCUGCUGUCCUCACCCCAAAGCUCUUCAGCCUCCGGGAGCAGCACGCAGACCCUCGCACUGGCCGCACGCUCCUACUGCUUGCCAAGGCGCUGCAGAGCAUUGGCAACCUGGGGCUGCAGCUGGGGCAGGGCAAGGAGCCAUGGAUGGCCCCGCUGCAUGCCAUCCUGCUGCCCGGUGUCACCCGUGUCAAAGCCUUCCUGGACAGCCUGGUCACAGUGGAGAGCACCGAGGUGGGUGAGGGGCCAGUGCCACCAGCACUUUUCCGUCCCUCGGCCACCAUCAAAGAGGGGUACCUGCACACCCGCACGGCGGGGGGGGUCACCCUGCUGCCCCACUUCGCCUUCAAGAAGAGGUACUUCUGGCUCAGCACCGAGGCCCUGACCUACUCCAAGUCCCCCAAGUGGCAGGUGCGUUGCUCCAUCCCUGUGCCACAGAUGCGGGCGGUGGAGCUGGUGGAUGAGAGCACCUUCCAGCACCCUCACGUCAUGCAGAUCGUGGCGCAGGAUGCUGCUGGGCAGCUCCACACCACCUAUAUCCAGUGCAAGAGCGCCCAGGAGCUGUGGCAGUGGCUCUGGGCAGUGCGGCAGGCCAGCAGCACCAACGAGGCCAUGCUGCCCACCUGCCACCCGGGCACAUUCCGUGCUGGCCGCUGGACCUGCUGCCUGCAGCCUACCUGCACCGCGCCAGGGUGCAGCCGGACCCACAGCACCGUGGUGCUGAGCGAGUGGAGUGACCCCCUGGACCCCACGGCAGCAGCGCAGACCCUCUACAGGCACCUCCGGCAGGCGGGGGCCCGGCUGCGGGCGGCAGGGGCUGAGGGUCCCGAGGGCAGCGCAGUGUCCGAGCCCCCCUGCUCAGGGCAGGCAGGUGGGCCCAUCACAGGGCAGCUGCAGGCGGUGCUGCGGGACCUGGACAUCGCCCACGACAUCUUUGCUCGUCGCAAUGGAACCCCAGGGCCACCCCCGAGCCCCCCCUGGGCCCCAACACCCCCCCUAGCACCCACCACUUGAACGGCAGCAAUCGGGAGACUGAAACCACCCUCACCAACACCCCACUGCAGGAUUGAUCCUGCAGCAAUGCCACCCAGCACCCCAGGAGGGAGGUGCAGGGACCCAAGUGGGGGCACAAAGGGGACACUGGCCCGGCGCAGGGUGUAUUUGGUAACACAGAGAUGUACACAUGG